AUGGAGCCCACCGCGAGGGCGGAGCGUGAAGAACGACAAACAGUUAUCGGCAGCUUCAAUACUCAGGAAACAUCUGCCGACCGAAGUUUGUUCGGAGACGCCGAUAUAGUCCUGGAGCAUCUAUCCCACCAUCACUAUCUUGAUCUUGAAUCCUCGCCAUCGCUCUCGCCACCACCUGACUCCACUUUCUUCUUAACCCCACCUUCGUCACUGAACCGAUCGCUACUCCCGCCGAUUUCCCCCAUCCUCAACCUUGCGCUCUUAGAACAAUCACCCCCGUCUCCUAUCCCAUCUCUCCACGAUUCCAUCUCUCCGUUAAUCCCACGCAGCCCCGUCUUCUGGACGCCGACCAUCCAACCGACUUCGCUAGAACGCUCCUUCGAACCAGCGACUCCAUCCCCAAUCACCUUAGCAAACAAUACCUUCUCCCCCACCUUUGACUUUCUCGCUAUGGCAACUCCAUCCAUGCCCGCUCAUGGAGAUCGGACGGCUCCGACCUUUGACCCCCAUCAACCCUGCGAAUUGAGACGAUAUUUCGCCGAUCUGGACUUCCACUUUGUUCGGUCUGCGGUAGAAGACGAGCAGGAAAGGAAGAAACACGCUUGCCGAUUCCUGGACGUUGACACCUGUGAGCUUUGGGAAUCGCUCACCACUUUCACCGACACCACGAAGACAUUUAAGGAGUUCUGCGAAGAGGUCUACAAACUAUACCCCGGAUCGGAGGAAGAGCGCAAAUGGUCGGUAUCAGAUAUGGACAAGCUAGUCGGCGAAACGAGCAGGGUCGGCAUCUUGUCUCUCAGUGAACUCGGCGACUAUCAUCGGCGAUUUCUGGUGAUCAUGUUCCCCGAUCAUUUCCCAGACAACCCCACUAUGUCUACCGACAUCUCUCGAGCAGCCCCCGCCGUGCCACCCACCAACACGAUCAAGGCCAAAGACCUGGCGACCAUGUUCGAACGGCUCACCGACACCUUCGUCAAAGCCAUUGCAGCUCAGGGGAUGUCCAGGCCAGCCGAUCGACCAUCCUGA